UCUCUGGGUUCUGGCACACAACCCCCCCAGUGUUUAUGGGAGGGAGAGUUGCUAAAAUUGAUGGGCCAGCAGAGCCAUUUCCCGGGCUCCUCUCGGUUCCCCGGCCCUCUUGUUCCCUCAUUUCCAAGUUAAAGUGCAGCAGGAAGACAAAUGGUCGUGACCUCCCCUGUCCUGGGGUGCUUUGAGCUACAGCUGCAGAAAACCCAAUAUUUGCAACUGGGCCAGAGUCGUGGCCAGUACUACGGUGGCUCUCUGCCAAAUGUGAAUCAGAUUGGAAACAGUGCCAUGGAUCUCCCCUUCCAGCCCAACGGAGCUCUGGCAGAAGCCUUUGGAGCAGUUCCUGUCUCUUUGACUCCGUUCCAGUCGUCGGGGUUGGACACGAGCAGGACGACCCGGCACCAUGGGCUGGUGGACAGAGUGUACCGGGACAGGAACCGCCUGGGCUCCCCCCACCGCCGGCCCCUCUCCGUGGAUAAACAUGGAAGACAGGUGGACAGCUGUCCCUAUGGAACAGUGUACCUGUCCCCUCCGUCGGACACCAGCUGGAGAAGGACAAAUUCUGAUUCUGCCUUGCACCAGAGCACCAUGACUCCAGCUCAGCAGGAAUCCUUCUCUGGAGGGUCCCAGGACAUGCAGCAGAAAAGAGUUUUGUUGCUGACUGUCCCUGGAAUGGAGGAAGGCACCUCAGAUGCAGACAAAACCCUCUCCAAGCAAGGCUGGGACACUAAAAAGACUGGGUCAUCCAGACCUAAAUCAUGUGAAGUUCCAGGAAUCAACAUCUUCCCCUCAGCCGACCAGGAGAACACUACAGCCCUGAUUCCUGCCACGCACAACACGGGCGGGUCCCUGCCCGACCUGACCAACAUCCACUUCCCCUCCCCGCUGCCCACGCCGCUGGAUCCCGAGGAAUCCACAUUCCCAGCCCUCAGCAGCUCCAACAGCACGGGAAAUCUUGCUGCCAACCUGACUCACCUGGGCAUCAGCACUGCCAGUCAGGGAAUGACGACGACGCCGGCCCCUUCCCAGCAGCACCGCCCGCCCACCGUGAGCCCCCUGUCCUUGGGCGCGGACUCCAGGCGACCACAGUCCCAGCAAAUGUCCCCCACGCUCUCCCCUCUGUCACCCAUCACUCAGGCCGUGGCUAUGGAUGCAUUGUCCCUGGAGCAGCAGCUUCCCCCGUACCCCUUUUUCACCCAGACGAGUUCCCAGCAGCAGCAGCAGCCCCCAGUGGCCAGUUCCCUGCCCCAGAACCCCCCGAUCCUGCCGAGCUCGGGGCUGCAGAGGGGCCCUCAGCUCCCCCCUCUCUCCGUCACGGUACCUUCCACCAUCCCCCAGUCGCCUCCGGGGAGCCAGAGCCAGCCCUCCAUGGGGAUAGACAUCAACUCGGCCUCACUCCAGCAGUACCGCAGUAAUGCUGGCUCCCCAGCCAACCAGUCUCCCACCUCUCCUGUCUCCAAUCAAGGCUUCUCUCCUGGCAGCUCCCCUCAACAUUCUUCCAUGCUGGGCAGUGUUUUUGGGGACUCCUAUUAUGAGCAGCAGAUGACAGCUAGGCAGGCUAAUGCCCUCUCCCACCAGCUGGAGCAGUUCAACAUGAUCGAGAACGCCAUCAGCUCCAACAGCCUCUACAGCCCCUGCUCCACCCUCAACUACUCCCAGGCUGCCAUGAUGGGACUGACGGGCAGCCACGGCAGCCUCCAGGACUCGCAGCAACUCAACUACUCCAGCCACGGGAACAUCCCCAACAUCAUCCUGACAGUGACAGGAGAAUCUCCCCCCAGCCUAUCAAAAGAACUGACCAGCUCUCUGGCGGGAGUGGGGGACGUCAGCUUCGACACGGAUUCCCAGUUCCCCCUGGAUGAACUCAAAAUUGACCCCUUGACCUUGGAUGGACUGCACAUGCUCAACGACCCCGACAUGGUCCUCACCGAC